UUUCAUGUGGAGAAUCUGCCUGAUGAAGUCUCUGUAUUGGGUGCAUUUUUUGAGCAUAUUCGGCGUGUCCGGCCUAAUGUGAUCGUUACCUAUAACGGUGACAAUUUCGAUUGGCCCUUUGUAGAGGCGCGUGCUCUUCACUAUGGCAUCCGGAUGACGGAGGAGAUCGGAUUCUCCCGAAAUACAAGCCAUUCAGGUAUGGGCGCUGCGGCUGGGGCCAGUAGUGAUGGCGACUACUUAUCUCGGUGCUGCGUCCAUAUGGAUUGCCUCAAGUGGGUGAAACGAGACAGUUAUUUGCCUGUAGGCGCGCAUGGCCUCAAAGCCGUCGCAAAAGCAAAACUCCAUUUCGAUCCAGUCGAGGUCGACCCUGAGGUGAUGCUGCAAAUGGCUCGUGAGUCUCCCAGGUCCCUGGCCAACUAUUCGGUGUCUGAUGCAGUCGCCACCUAUUAUCUUUACAUGAAGUAUGUGCACCCAUUUGUCUUCGCUUUGUGCACUAUUUUGCCUCUGGGUCCCGACGAUGUUCUCAGAAAGGGUUCUGGAACUCUUUGUGAAGCAUUACUGAUGGUACAGGCUUAUGCAGCGAACGUAAUCUUUCCACACAAGCAGACUGGCGGCUCUGGAUCCGGGAUUGACGCUAUUGAGAAUAUAUUACCCGAAAAGAUGACUUAUGGUAGCGAUUUCUCCUCUGGGACCAGUCGCUUCACGAGGGAUGGCCACUUGAUUGACUCUGAGACGUAUGUAGGUGGUCAUGUCGAGGCCCUAGAGGCGGGCGUAUUUCGUGCGGACAUUCCGGUUGCCUUCAGACUGUCGGCCGCUGGUUGCCGCCGACUCCGAGAAGAUGCACGACGCUGCCUGACUCGUGCGAUUCUCACUGAGGUUGGCAUGCCUGUCGAAGAUUCAGAGGCCCCAUUGUCUCAAUUCAUCAAAAUUGAAAGCUUUGACAAGGUGUGUAGUAGCAUGGAGGCGACUCUAAGUGAUUUGGCUGCCUCUCCCAAUCGUAUCGAGUGCCCUGUCAUCUACCAUCUUGAUGUUGGCGCUAUGUACCCCAACAUCAUUCUCACUAAUCGCCUUCAACCUUCUGCCGUUCUUCCAGCUGAUGCCAAUACUCGGUGCCCUGGCUGUCACUUUUACAAGAUGGAUGCCUUAUGCCAACGCUUCAUGCCCUGGACUUGGCGGGCGGAAAUAUGGACUGCUUCGCGUGCUGAGUGCUAUCGCGUUCAGGCUCAAUUGGCUCAAGAGAAGUUUCCCUCAAAAGUAACGAAUGAAGCAGGCCGACAGGUGGGUCGAAAAAAGUUACUAUUUGUUUGA